AUGUGUAUUAAUGAAGCUUUCCCGGCAAUGGAAUUCACGAAUAUUCGAUUAUAUUCACGUUAUACGAACGAAAAUUCUUGUUAUGAACAACACCUGAAAUGUGAUGUUCUUACACGUGAAGAAGACAUAGCUGUUCCAUGCCGGCAACGAUACGAUUCUUCACGAUAUGAGAACAAGAGAACAGUCAAAUGUGAUCACUGCGAAGUGGAUUGUUGUUGUUAUCGAACAAUUGAUGGGUCCAGAACAGUGAGAACAAUAUUCGUGAACAGUGAGAACAGAACGAAUAGCUGCGGUGAACAUGAUGACGAAGAAGCAAGAUCGUGCAAUAAUUAUUGUGAUGACAAGAACACCAUGAACAGUCGUGAUGGUGACAAGGAACACGACACCAUGAACAGUCGUGAAGGUGACAAGGAACACGACACCAUGAACAGUCGUGAUGGUGACGAGGAACACGACACCAUGAACAGUCGUGAUGGUGACAAGGAACACGACACCAUGAACAGUCGUGAUGGUGACAAGGAACACGACAACACCAUGAACAGUCGUGAUGGUGACAAGGAACACGACAACACCAUGAACAGUCGUGAUGGUGACAAGGAACACGACACCACCAUGAACAGUCGUGGUGGUGACAAGAAACAGUUGCUGGAAUGCGAGAAAAGCAAAAAACAGGCAACAAUUUUAGCGGAUAUACAUAAGAUGGAAAACAAACAGAAGGUAUGUGAACAGGAGGUGUGGCAGGCGAUAACUGUUAACAGUGCGAGGCCAGAUAACAGGCACACAUAUUCUUCCUGUUCUGCCACACAGACGUCUGUUGGUGGUGAACAGUUCGCCUGUAUAACCUGGACAACAGCUCUGUUGGAACAGGCAACGGCCCAUGAUGUCCAAGUUGAUAAGGAAAACACAGCAGAAAUACAGACGGUUAAUGGAAACCCACUUGAAAUACAGACGGUUAAUGGAAACAUACCAGAAAUACAGACGGUUAAUGGAAACAUACCAGAAAUACAGACGGUUAAUGGAAACAUACCAGAAAUACAGACGGUUACUAGAAACCCACAAGAAAUACAGACAGUUAAUGGAAACACACCAGAAAUACAGACGGUUACUGGAAACCCACAAGAAAUACAGACGGUUAAUGGAAACGUACCAGAAAUACAGACGGUAAAUUUAAGCACAGCAGAAAUACAGACAGCAAAUGGUGACACACAAAAUAGUUUAACGCCUGACAGUGAGCCUCUUGAUAUGAAAUUGAUUGAUGGUGAACCAUUCGAUUUACGAACGGUCAAUGGAGGCCUUCUAGAGAACCGUACAGUGAAUGGCGUCGUGCUAAAUGGCGAUCGUCUGCCAUUAAAGAAGCGAACGUUAUUCAAUGACAACGCAGCCGGUAAUAACACAAGGGCUAUAGCCGUAAAAUCUUUUCCUAAAAAAACUUCUGAAUUUCAAGCUAAUCUUCUGGAUACAAGACAUUUCGGAAGAUCGAAUCGCUAUUCUGUUUGUCACCGGAGCAGAAUUUUAUUUCAAAAUGUAGUCCACAUUUCAGGAAGCGCAAGCCUCCUCCAUUUUGUGCCGGGAAUGCGAUAUUCCCAACCGAGAUUCCCAGUCCUGGUCAUGGGAACGCGAUGUGCUUCAGGUAGGAAUUCGCUGCUCAGAACUCAGAGCUCUGGAAUGCGAAGCCGGUCUUAUCAGGAGCUACAUCCGUCAUCCAAAAAACGCAAUUCCAUGAAUGAAACACAAAAUUCUGAAGCUGAAGCCCAGACUUCAUGCCCUGAAAGACAUAUUUCAGACUCUAGAACACAAUUUUCACUAUCUACAACACAAGUUCUACGGUCUGGAACACAACAUUCGCGGUCUUUAACAGAAAAUUCACGGUCUCAAACACAAACUUCGCUGUCUGGAACACAAAAUUCACGGUCUGGAACACAAAAUUCACGGUCUCAAGCACAAGAUUCUCAGUCUGGAACGCAAACUUCGCAGCCUGGAACACAUAAUUUACGGUCUCAAGCACAAAAUUUACGGUCUCAAGCACAAAAUUCACGGUCUCAAACACAAGAUUUUCGGUCUGGAACGCAAACUUCGCAGCCUGGAACACAUAAUUUACGGUCUCAAGCACAAAAUUUACGGUCUCAAGCACAAAAUUCACGGUCUCAAACACAAGAUUCUCGGUCUGGAACACAAACUUCGCAGCCUGGAACACAGAAUUCACGGUCUCAUGCGCAAAAUUCACGGUCUGGAACACAAACUUCACUGCUUGGAACGCAAGCGUGCGAACACAGCCCAGAAAAUAUUGACCGCCAUUCAUUGAAGUCAACUUGCGAGAAGACGCUGUUCGCGUCAACAGAACUGUUCCUCCAACGAAUCCUGUUCCUGUUCCUACGAAUGAGGCUCCUGUUGCUCAACAGCUAUAAGAACAGCUGCAGUUCGCUACGCCUGGGACAGCUGAUACUGCUGUUAUUGCUGUUAUCGCUGCUCAGCUGCCAGGCGACAUCAGUGAGCGUUACAGCUGCGGACCAGCGUUAUAACCGAGCAGUCAAGUGGUGGAGUCUCCCCGCCGUGACCGGCCCGCCGGACCUGCAGCUGAGCGAGGUGCGGUCCAACUCGCUGGCGGACCGCCACCUCUCGCUGGCGGUGCGGCGGCGGCUGGUGAAGAAGCAGCGGGCGCUGGUGCGCGAGAACCAGGGGCUGCUGGCGGCGGUGGUGCGCAGCCUGCGCACCGCGCACCUCGAGUGUCAGCACCACUUCCGCCACGAGCGCUGGAACUGCCCGCCGCCGCCGCCCGCCACCGCCAGGCGGCGGCACUUCUUCGGCAAGAUCGCCACGCUGCCGGUGGCGGAGACAGCGUUCCUGCACGCCCUCACUUCCCUCGCGCUGCUCCGCACCCUCGCCAGCACCUGCGCCCAGGGGGGGCUGCCCUCGUGCUCCUGUGCCGCCCCCUCGUCAGGCUCAAAUUGGAUGAGUGGGUUUAUAAUGGGGUGGGUUUAUGAUGCAAGUACCCUCGUGGCUGGGCAAGUGAUCGUUUUGGAGGCUAAUGUGACUGAUGGAGAGACAGAAAGGCUGGAAGAGUUAUAUGACAAAGCUCACCUGGUGACCGUAAGCGCCGAUGCUAGCGCCGACUUCAAUUCAGUAAAAUCCACACUAAAAUCCCACAAAAAGAGAAGUCAAUCUCCAGCUCAGCCCUCAAUAGGACGGAUCCCUGCGUCGUCCCCUGGAGGAAAAUUGAAGCGAAGGGUAAUGCAUCUCAAUCCCCAUCACAGAGUUGCCCCCCAACCCCUUCUGAAUCGUAAUUUCAUCACCAAGGGAAUUGGGCCUACGGAGCGAGGUCAAGGAGUUCGCGUGAAAAGCAAGAAAAAGAAAAAGAAGAAGAAGAAGAGGAUCAAAAGACUUCUCCUUCAGCCUGAGGGUCAGGACAGCGAACGGUCACCUACCGUCACUGACUUGAUCUACCUGCAACCCUCACCUAACUUCUGUGACGUCAACCAUGAUGUAGGUGUCACUGGAACAAGUGGUCGGCAGUGUCAGGACAAGCGUCACUGCCGUCACUUGUGCUGUGGUCGAAACUACUUCACUCGGUCAGUGGUAGUGGAGCAGAGAUGUCACUGCUCAUUCCACUGGUGCUGUGAAGUGCACUGCACCACUUGUAACGUCACUAGUACAGUGCACCGCUGCACAUAGUUGCGUGACGGUGCACUAGUUUGGAUGCUAGUGACGCCACUAGAUCGAACUAUCGACUAUAGUGGCGACUUAACCAGUUACACUGAGUUACAUCGAUGGUUAGGAUUGAGUGGUUCUAUAUAAAUGUGAUUAUAUUAUAAAAUUGCUAUAAUUCCACACCCCGAAUACUUUUAAAAUCAUUUAUUUGUUUUAAACGUAGAAUUAAGAAUAACCGUGGCAAUAUAUGUUAUCGAAUAUUUAUCUAGAUAAUGCAUAACCUCAAUAAUUGAUAAUAUGAAUAAGUUGGUAUUUAAAUAGCAGAGUUGUCGAUGCAGGCCGCAUUCUCAGAGCUGCUUACGACGAUAGUGAGAUUGUGAUGAUAUAACUGCUGCACAUGCUUACGAUGAUAGUGAGAUUGUGAUGAUAUAACUGCUGCACAUGCUUACGACGAUAGUGAGAUUGUGAUGAUAUAACUGCUGCACAUGCUUACGAUGAUAGUGAGAUUGUGAUGAUAUAACUGCUGCACAUGCUUACGAUGAUAGUGAGAUUGUGAUGAUAUAACUGCUGCACAUGCUUACGAUGAUAGUGAGCGUGCACUGUGGCCCAGCAUGGUGCGCUAUGAACAAGCACUUUCACGGAAUUAUUCGGAAUUAAUCAGAAAAAAUGUUAGACCAUCACAAACAAUUUUCGACGUAGACUAAACAUUAAUGCGAGUAAUAUAUAUUAAAUACUCAUACUAUUACUAUUACGACGUAUGUAAUAGUAAUACAUAUUACAUACGCAUGUAAUACAUGUUACUGGCACACUUAAUACAUGUUACAUGUGUAAUAGUUUCUUCCUUUUGUUACAUGAAAGACGCCGCGGCUGCUGGAUGAGUGAGGGUAGUGUGCUGGAUGAGUGAGGGUAGUGUGCUGGAUGAGUGAGGGUAGUGAGCUGGAUGAGUGAGGGUAGUGUGCUGGAUGAGCGAGGUCGUUUAGCGUGCAUACAACACGAAAGGCUUCUAAUGAAUGCAAAUACUAUAUUUCUACAUAUUUAGUAGCUACUUGUAAAACAUAAUAUAUUGUAAUAUACUAGUGUAUUCUUAAAUUUAUGCACUAGUGUCUAGUAAGACCCGCAUAGUCAUUGUAGAUGUGAUGAUUGUAGUACUAGAUGUGCUAUUGAUGCUAUAUGUACAUAAUGAAUGUACUUACCGUAUUGCGUCUUGAUAUUCAGUUAGUUUAUCCAGAUUUAAAUGCUAUGUGAUAAUUAGUUCAGAAAGCGAAACGGAAUUUUAUUGUUACUUUCCCCAAUUUCGCCUUUUAUGAAUUUUUGGCAAAGAAUGCAAUUUUUCUUAUCUAUUCUAAGAUAUUCCUGUAACUCUCAUAUUUUAAUAGAUUAUGAUCUUUCAUUUAUUGACCUUUAAAUACACAAUAUUUCUCAGCUCGUGUGUAAACUUAUUCUUACUCGUCUAUAAAUUUGGAUGUUUACUUCCAAAUGAAUUUGUGCAUAAUUUAGAGAGAAUUUCUCUAUAAUUUCAUUGAACACGUCAUUUUGCUUUGAGAAAGUCAUUCUAAUUUUAAACUAGCCAUCGUCAUGCCGGGGACUCGUUUUAUUUGUUUAGAAGAAAACUUAGGAAUAAAAUUUAUUAGCAUAUAAAAUUAUUUGCAGUUGUGUCAUGACAUUUGGAAUUUGAAACUCGAAGAAAAUUGUUAUUGAACCAACGAGUUAAAAUUAUAUAGCUAGUGUCCACUAGUGGCCGCGCUAGUGUCCACUAGUGGCCGCGCUAGUGUCCACUAGUGGCCGCGAUAGUGUCCACUAGUGGCCGCGCUAGUGUCCACUAGUUGCCGCGCUAGCGGCACUUCCAUUCUAAAUAAUAAUUUUUCGUCAUAUUCAUCUGCAGUGAAUAAAU